AUGGCAGCAAACAUCUACGCAGUGGUGGAGCAUUUCCACAGGGACAGUUCCAAACCGGCCAAUCAGGACGUGGCGGAGCGCGUCUUCCUGUUGGCGCAGAGACGCAUCGAGGUGACGUAUCAUCUGGACGCCGACACCUUCAUCCCAUCGCACCGGAGCUUCAUCAAACCACGAGAGGCCACGGAGCAGAAGAAGGCUGAGGACUUCACCCAGGACAUGGUGUCCAGCUUCAUGGUGGGCCUCUCCGAUACGCCUGUUAAGACCCUGACUCUGUACGAGAUGCUGGUUUCUCUGAUGAAGGAUGAAGAGAUGGUUGUUCAUCAGAUUGAAGAAUCUCUGAAGGAGGUGAGAGACAUCGUGUCGUGCAGAGAGGAAGAGGAGGGAGACGUUCAGCUCUUCUUCUGUCCCUGGACCACGACAGGAGCUGCCAGGGCCCGCAGCAAGAGACAGGACAUGGAGCGUCAGGCUGCAGAGGAGCAGAGCUGGCUUCAUGAGAAUGAGAAGGACAUCCUGGCUCCGCUCCUCAUGAGACUCGACCUCUCAGACCCUCUGAGCGCUGAGGACGCCAGGCAGCUCCACCAGGAGUGUCUGUCAGAGUUCAAGCAGAAGCUGGUGGAGGACGCCAACCUGAUCCAGGAGCGCUACCAAAAGGAGACGCAGCAGCUGCAGAGGAAACAACAGUGGUACCAGCAGAACCAGCUGGACAUGACGGAGCACCAGGAGGACGAAUACCAGACCUACUGCUCCGACAGAACUCUCCAGAUACGUGUCGCCAUGAGACGGCUCAAAAUGCACCAGGAAGAAGCUCCUCUAAAGUAUCAAGCUCUCGACGAGAGGCUGAGAGAAGACCCUCGAUUGGCUCCUCACCUGCUCAGCUGAGCCAAUCAGCAGCCUCCGCUCCAAAUACCUAUCAGAUUAUUUCAUUAAACCUUACAGGUGUUUCAGUCACAUAUAUUAUUUGUAUCUGGUCACUGUGACCUUUGACCCCUGACCACUAAAGCCUUGUCAGUUCAUUCCUGAGUCCAUGUGAACGUUUGACGGAAUUUGUGAAUUUGAAGAAUUUCUCUCUGAGAUUUGUUGAAACUUCAACUUUCCAAGAAUGUGACGGACAGAUAGAAAACCUGAAAUCAUAACUCCUCCCUCCAAAGACGAACAUUAUUAAUUAUUUUAAUCACAAUAAAAUAUUCAGCACAUUAACUCAGAAAACAGCCUGCAGCUCAUUUCUCUUUUGUAAAGUAAAUUGUCCUGUGUAGUAUUUAAAACUAAUGAAAUACUACUGAUAAAACACUGUGUAGUAUUUAAACCUAAUGAAAUACAACUGAUAAAACACUAUGUAGUAUUUAAAUCUGAAUGGAACUAAAACCAACUAAUAAAACAGUAUGUCUUAUGUG